AUGGAUAUGAGCGCUCUAGGAAUAUCAAUAGCAGCUGAUAUUAAUGAUUUUCGUGGUCCUGCAGUUUCUCAAACUGGAAUACCAACAAACAAAAUCGUCGAACUGCAUGGAAAUUGCAGUUAUGAAGCUUGUGCAAAAUGUGAUUUAAGUUUAUGUAUGGGAACGUCGAUGCGAGUUUCGCCUGCAUGUGAGCUUCCAUCGAUGAAAUCGAAGUCCAGAAACAAGAAGAUGGUUAUCGUUAGUGAGUCAAAUUUCUUUUUCUUUAUCUUUUCUAAUUACCUCUCACCUUUCGAACAAAGACUUACAAAAAACACCUUACGAUGAUCAAUGUGCAUUGAGAAUAUUUGCACGGUGUGAUGAUGUCAUGAAGAUGGUCAUGGAAGAACUGAAUUUAGUGAUUCC